AUGCAGAGCGGUCGCGUGGGCGGGCGUGGCGAGCGGCGCAAUCCGCUGGUGAAGCAGCUCGUGCUGGAGAAUGACCGUCCUGCCAAGAUCAGUCACCUGAACUUCGGUCUUCUGUCGGAUGUGGACAUGAUGCGCAUGUCGGAGCUGCGUGUCCAGUCCAAAGACCUUUUCAAGGUGCAGACGCGCGAGCCCCAAGGCAACGGCGUGUUGGACAAGCGACUGGGCGUGUCCAACAAGAAGGACACAUGCGAAACGUGCCAUCUCAAGCUGGCAGACUGUGUGGGUCACUUUGGCUACAUUAAACUGGAGCUUCCGGUGUUCCACAUCGGCUACUUUAAGGCCAUCACGGAGAUUCUCCAGAAUAUCUGCAAGUGCUGCAGCCGCGUGCUACUGCCACCGACUGAAAGAGAACUUUUCCUCAGACGAAUGAGAGACCCCAAAGCCGACGUGUUGCGUCUCGUGGGGCUUCGUAAAAAGAUUGCGACGUUGUGCAAGAAGACAGUCAAAUGUCCGCACUGCGACGCCAUUAACGGCACCGUGCGCAAGAUCACAAGCACCACGUUGAAGCUGGUGCACGAGAAAUACCGCGCCAAGGCCACGCACGACUUGAGGAACGUGUUUGUGGCUCAGUUCGCCGAGGCGCAGGCUAAUAACCCGGAGAUCGGCGCACACCUGCCCAAGGCGCAGGAAGAUCUGAGCCCGCUUGUGGUGCAGCAGCUGUUCAAGGAGAUCCCGGAUCAAGACUGCGAGUUGCUGUGGGUGGACGCGGACGGCGGACGACCGGAAAAGCUGCUCCUGAACUCGGUUCUGGUGCCGCCUGUGUGCAUCCGUCCGUCUGUGGCUAUGGACGGCGGAACGGGCAGUAACGAGGACGACAUCACCGUGAAGCUCCAGGAGAUCGUGCAGGUGAACUUUGCGCUACGUGCCGCUCUGCAGAAGGGCGCGUCCUUGAAGAUGGUGAUGGAGGACUGGGAUUUCCUGCAGAUUCAGGUGGCGCAGCUUAUGAAUGGCGACACCCCAGGCCUUGUGAAGCCUCCUGGAGCGAAGACCGGCAUCCGCGGGCUCUGUCAACGUCUCAAGGGCAAGCAAGGUCGGUUCCGUGGCAAUUUGUCGGGCAAGCGUGUGGAUUUCUCUGGUCGUACCGUCAUCUCGCCGGAUCCGAACCUUCGGAUUGACCAGGUGGGUGUUCCGGAACACGUGGCCAAGACGAUGACGUACCCGGAGAAGGUGACGCGCUACAACAUCGAGAAGCUGCGCAAAUGCGUCGUGAACGGACCGCACGUCCACCCGGGCGCCAAUGUGAUCCGCAUCGAAGGACAGAAGUUCACGAAGAACUUGCUGUACGGCGAUCGCGCCAGCUUGGCCGAUGAGCUCAAGAUCGGGGACAUCGUGGAGCGACACAUGGAAGACGGCGACAUUGUGCUGUUCAACCGCCAGCCUUCGCUCCACAAGAUGUCCAUCAUGUCGCAUCGUGUCAAGGUCAUGCCGUGGCGUACGUUCCGCUUCAACGAGUGCGUGUGUUCGCCGUACAACGCCGACUUCGACGGCGACGAAAUGAAUAUGCAUCUCCCGCAGACAGAGGAGGCUCGUACAGAGGCGAUUACGCUCAUGGGCGUGGAGCAGAACCUCAUCACGCCUCGAAACGGCGAGCCGCUCGUCGCAGCCACGCAGGAUUUCCUCACUGCGUCGUAUCUGCUGACCCAGAAGAACAUUUUCUUCAAUCGCGAGCAGUUCUGCCAGGUGAUAUCGAUCAUGAGCGACGCGAACGAACACAUCGAGUUGCCUCCUCCGGCGAUUGUCCUGCCAGUGCGUCUGUGGACGGGGAAGCAGGUGAUCAGUCUCUUGGUCAAGCCGAACGCGCAGACGAAGGUGCUGGCGAAUCUGGAGCUGAAGGAACGCAACUACACGAGCAACAAGUUCAUGUGCUGGAAAGAUGGCUACGUGUGCUUCCGGAACAGCGAGCUCAUUUGCGGGAACUUGGGCAAGAAGACGCUGGGCGACGGCAGUAAACAGGGUCUUUUCUACGUCUUGAUUCGGGAUCAUGGGUCCCACGAGGCUGCGCGAUGCAUGAAUCGUCUGGCGAAGCUCUGUGCGCGUUGGCUGGGCAACUUUAAGGGCUUCUCGAUCGGUAUUGACGAUGUGACGCCGUCCGAAGAGCUGUCGAAGGAGAAGCAGAAGCUUCUGCAAGCUGGUUACGACGCUGCCAACAACUCGAUUGAGGAAUACCGACGUGGCAAACUGUCGUUGAAGCCUGGCUGCAAUGCUAUUCAAUCACUCGAGAGCGAACUCAACGGGCUGCUCGGUAAGCUACGUGAGACUGCCGGUGCCGAGUGUAUGCGCACGCUACCGUUCCACAACAACCCGCGUAUCAUGGCUGAGUGUGGUUCGAAGGGUAGCGCUCUUAAUAUCUCGCAGAUGAUGGCGUGUGUGGGUCAGCAAUCUGUUGGUGGCAAGCGUGUGCCCGAGGGCUUUGUGAACCGCACGCUGCCGCAUUUCCUGCCGCACGCUCUGCAUGCCAGUGCCAAGGGCUUCGUCGCCAACUCGUUCUACAGCGGACUAACAGCCACCGAGUUCUUCUUCCAUACUAUGGGCGGACGUGAAGGGCUGGUCGAUACUGCAGUGAAGACGGCGGAGACGGGCUACAUGGCUCGUCGUUUGAUGAAGGCGCUGGAGGAUCUGUCGUGCCAAUACGACCAAACGGUGCGCAACUCGGAAGGUUCCGUGGUGCAGUUCACGUACGGUGACGAUGGUCUGAACCCGGCGUACAUGGAAGGCGACGACCGACCUGUGGACUUCCACCGUCUUCUGGAACAUAUUCGCAAUACGUUGCCUGAUCACGAGUCGCCGGCGCUGCUGCCGUUCGAGCUUCGUCGCUUGGGCAAGCAAGUCGUUCAGCGCUCUCAGUUCCAAGCGAUCUUACCGACUGGACGCAAGUUUCUGAUCGAGAUUGAAGAGUUCUUAGGCUCCGUUGCGAGUGAGAUCGCGGCCAAUCGCACGAGUUGUGGCAUUGAGUCGAUGGAUACCGAAGUGAAGACGUACGCUUCCAAGUUGGAGAAGGCGUUCGAUGACGACGAAGCGGCCAGUGUGCUGAAGACCAAGACGCAGACUGGAGACACGAAUAAGGAGAAGAAAAUCCAAAUCUCGACGAAACUGGAGAAGCUGACGAAGCCUCAUGGUCGUCGUCGUCUUGCGAAGCCUGAGGACUCGGAUGGGGAUACGGAGGAUUCGGACGGAGACUUGGGUCUGGACGUGGCUACGUACAAGCAGAAAGGUUUGGAUAAAGUGGGUCUGCCGGAGUGGGAGCGCACGCGCUUUAAGACUGCCAAGUCUCGUGCGGAGUGGACCAAGCGUGCCGCUGAGGACGGCACCAAGGAGAAGGAGGAGGCUGCGUGGCUUUUAUCGCACAAUGUGUGUCGUAUCACGACUAAACAGGUGGAGAAGCUGCUGGAGAUCUCUCUGUACAAGUACAACCGCGCUGGUAUGGAGCCGGGUGAAGCUGUGGGUGCUGUUGGCGCCCAGUCGAUCUCGGAGCCUGGUACGCAGAUGACGCUGAAGACGUUCCACUUUGCUGGCGUUGCUAGUAUGAACGUGACGCUCGGUGUGCCGCGUCUGAAGGAGAUUAUUAACGCGUCCAAGAUCAUCAGUACGCCUAUUAUCACAGCUGCGUUGGUGUGCAAGACGGACGAGCGAUCGGCGCGUAUUGUCAAGGGCCGCAUCGAGAAGACGACGCUGGGAGAGAUCGCAGUCCACAUCAAGGAAGUCUUUGCGCGUGAUCAGGCCUAUCUGUCGGUCAAGUUGGACUUGACUGCGAUCGAGCAGCUCCAUCUGAACAUCACGGCGCGCUCUGUGCGCAACAGUAUCUUGAAUGCCGUGGGUGUCGGUCCUCGUGCUGUGCUGCGUCUAUUGAAGGAGCAGCAUGUGCUGCUGAACGCUCGCUGUCCCGAUAAACUCCGUCUGCUAGCGCCACCGAACUACAAGGGCGCCAAGGGAGAAACACGUGGUGCCUACUUUGCUCUACAGGCGCUCAAGGCCGAACUUCCUGGCGUGAUUGUGCAGGGUAUCCCGACAGUGAACCGCGCAGUGAUCAACUACGAAGAAGUCCAGGACUCGAGUGCUGCCAAGUCGCUGCACUUGCUCGUAGAGGGCUACGGUCUUGCUGAAGUCAUGGGCAUCCCAGGUGUGGACGGACUUCACACCACCUCGAACCACAUUAUCGAAGUGGAGAAGACGCUCGGGAUCGAGGCUGCGCGUGAACUCAUCAGCUCCGAGGUCAACUACAUCAUGAGUGCGUAUGGUAUCGGUAUCGACAGACGCCACUUGAUGCUGCUGUCGGAUAUCAUGACGUUCAAGGGCGAGGUGCUGGGUAUCACACGCUUCGGUAUCGCCAAGAUGAAGGAGAGUGUGCUCAUGCUGGCGUCGUUCGAGAAGACCACAGACCAUCUCUUCGACGCUGCAGUCCACUCGCGCACGGACGCUAUUGUAGGGGUCAGCGAGUGUAUUAUCAUGGGUAUUCCGAUUCCUCUCGGCACAGGUAUCUUUAAACUGCUACGCCAGGUUGACAAGCCGCGUGUGCAGCAAAGACGGCCGCUUCUUGCUGGAGUGUAG